CCGCAAUGCCAGCUGGCCGUGCUCUCUAAGGGCUGGGGGUCUGUGUGGAGUCUGUGGGAGGCACCUGGGAUGCUGCACGUAGAUGGCCGUUGGGAACCCAGAACCUCAACUGAGACAGACUGUUGUCCUUCUUGGCCUGGACACUGGUAACCUUAGGUGUGGCGACAGCACUCUGGCCGCAAGGUCAUCCGGGUGUCUUUUCAGUGAAACGAAGGUAGUAGGUACCUCGCAUCACUUUUUGCAUCUCGCAGUAAGGUUUUCAGGGUGUUGUCUCAAGCACUGUAUUGACUACACCCUUAUCCUUUAAAAAGUAAUGAAUCACAGUGUCCACUAACAGUAGUUGGCAUGCAGUUGAGGAAGCACAGGUUUGGGUCUAGAUUCAAGGCAGUGUAGGACGUUUGACGAGCAUAGGUUUUGGAGUCAUCCUGGCACGGCUCCAACCCCAGCCGCUGGGCCACGCCAUGUGACUUUGGGCCUGUCACGCUGUGUGAUUAGAGUGUUUCAUGCUUCCUGCUGGGCUUGGGGCAGGUGGCUGUUGGGAUCCCCCAGCCCCGGUGUCACUGGCUUUGAGCUUCUCCUGCCUGGCCGGCACUCACCUCUCCGAGCUCGAGGCGUUUUAACUGUGCAGUGGAGACUCACAUCCCUUCACUUUCCCCUUGCAGUUGCCUCACGCUGAACAGUGACCUCCUCAGGAAAGGGAGCUGCUGUGCAGUUCAGCGUGGACGUGCCAACAAUAAAAUCCAGCACAAGGCGAGGCGCCGAGGAGCUCCACGCCUUCUGCGUCCCUCCGCUGUGAGAAGCCGUCGAGGCCCGCCGUCCUGAGCCCCGCCAUGGAGGAGGGCCACGAGCUCGACCUCACCUACAUCACGGAGCGCAUCAUCGCUGUGUCCUUCCCUGCUGGCUGCUCUGAGGAGUCCUACCUGCGCAACCUGCAGGAGGUCACACGCAUGCUCAAGUCCAAGCAUGGCGACAACUACCUGGUGUUGAACCUUUCCGAAAAGAGAUAUGACCUUACAAAGCUUAACCCAAAGAUCAUGGACGUGGGCUGGCCGGAGCUGCACGCACCGCCUCUGGAUAAGAUGUGCACCAUAUGCAAGGCGCAGGAGUCCUGGCUGAACAGUGACCCCCAGCACGUGGUUGUCAUCCACUGCAGGGGCGGAAAAGGACGCAUAGGAGUGGUCAUAUCAUCCUACAUGCACUUCACCAACGUCUCGGCCAGCGCCGACCAGGCCCUUGACAGAUUUGCAAUGAAGAAGUUUUAUGACGACAAGGUUUCAGCUUUAAUGCAGCCAUCCCAGAAAAGGUACGUUCAGUUCCUCAGCGGGCUCCUGUCUGGGUCGGUGAAAAUGAACGCCUCGCCCCUGUUCCUGCAUUUGGUCAUCCUCCACGGCACCCCCAACUUCGACACCGGUGGAGUGUGCCGGCCCUUUCUGAAGCUCUACCAAGCCAUGCAGCCCGUGUACACAUCAGGGAUCUACAAUGUUGGCCCAGAAAACCCCAGCAGGAUCUGCAUUGCCAUAGAGCCGGCCCAGCUUCUGAAGGGGGACGUCAUGGUGAAAUGCUACCACAAGAAAUACCGCUCGGCCACCCGCGAUGUCAUUUUCCGCCUGCAGUUUCACACCGGGGCCGUGCAGGGGCACGGGCUGGUGUUUGGAAAGGAGGACCUGGACAACGCCAGCAAAGAUGACCGUUUCCCUGACUACGGGAAGGUUGAAUUAGUCUUCUCUGCCACGCCUGAGAAGAUUCCAGGGUCUGAAGAUGUGCACAGCAACCACGGAGUGGUCGUGGACUACAACACGGCAGACCCACUGAUCCGCUGGGACUCGUACGAGAACCUCAGUGCAGAUGGAGAAGUGCUGCACACGCAGGGCCCCGUCGACGGCAGCCUCUACGCUAAGGUGAGGAAGAAAAGCUGCUCGGAUCCCGGCAUCCCAGGUGGCCCCCAGGCCGUCCCGGCCACCAGCAGCCCAGACCACAGUGACCACACCCUGUCUGUCAGCAGUGACUCUGGCCACUCCACGGCCUCGGUCAGGACCGACAAGACUGAGGAGCGCCUGGCUCCGGGAGCCAAGAGGGGCCUGAGUGCCCAGGAGAAGGCCGAGUUAGACCAGCUGCUCAGCGGCUUUGGCCUGGAAGAUUCCGGGAGCUCUCUCAAGGACAUGACGGAUGCUCGCAGCAAGUAUAGCGGGACGCGCCAUGUGGUGCCGGCCCAGGUCCACGUGAACGGAGACGCAGUCCUGAAGGACCGGGAGACGGACAUUCUGGACGACGAGGUGUCCCACCACGACUUGCGCAGCGUGGACAGCCUCGGGACUCUGUCCUCCUCGGAAGGGCCGCAGUCAGGCCACCUGGGCCCCUUCACCUGCCACAAGAGCAGCCAAAACUCCCUCCUGUCUGACGGCUUUGGCAGCACCGUGGGAGAAGAUCAGCAGGGUGCCCUUGCUCCAGACCUGGGCCUUGGCACGGACCCUCUCUACGAGCGGGAGCGGACUUUUGGGAGCCGAGAGCCCAAGCAGGCCCAGCCCCUGCUGAGGAAGCCCUCGGUGUCCGCCCAGACGCAGGCCUACGGGCAGAGCAGCUACUCCACUCAGACCUGGGUGCGCCAGCAGCAGAUGGUGGUGGCCCAUCAGUACAGCUUCGCCCCUGACGGGGAGGCUCGGCUCGUCAGCCGCGGCCCAGGGGACAAUUCGGGCCUUGUCCAAGCCCAGCCCAGGGUCCCGGUCACCCUCACCCGAGGGGCCAGCAGCAGAGUGGCUUUCCAGAGGGGCCACAGUGGCAGUGGGCCACAUCCUCCCGACACACAGCAAGCCUCUCCUGGCAAAGUGUUUAAACCCAGGUUUCCAGAUGACCAAGUCAUGAACGGAGCCGGCCUGGAGCUGAGCGUAGGCCCCUCCCCGGGUUCGCCUACCCUGGACAUCGACCAGUCCAUCGAGCAGCUCAACAGGCUGAUCCUGGAGCUGGACCCCACCUUCGAGCCCAUCCCCACCCACAUGAGCACCCUGGGCAGCCAGGCCAACGGCUCUGCGUCUCUGGACGGCAUGGGAGGCGGGCUCCGGGCAAGCGGCAGGCUUCCCGACACAGGAGAGGGCCCUGGCAGGGCCCCCGGGCGGCAAGGCUCCUUGGCUAAUGAGCCACUGGGUGGAAGACUCAGGAAGCUGAGCCUUGGACAAUAUGACAACGAUGCUGCCGGGCAGCUGUCCUUCUCCAAAUGUGCAUGGGGAAAGGCCACUGUGGACCAAGCUCCAAGCCUGGCACCAUUCCCCUCUCCAGCAGAUGUCAAAGAGACGAUGAUGGCUGCGUACCCCCCAGACCUCGAUAUGAUCGAUGGCAGGAUUUUAAAUAGCAAAGAGUCCAUGUGUCCCACACCUGCAUUUCCUGUGUCUCCAGAAACACCGUAUGUGAAAACACCCCCGCGUUAUCCUCCAUUCAGCCCACCCGAGACCCAAGUGAGCAGCCCGGCCAGCCUGCACAAAGGAGGACGCGAACCACGAGGCUGCCCCGAGACUCUCAGUCACGCAGUGGGGAUGUCUGAGAGCCCCGUUGGUCCCAAAUCCGUGAUGCUGCGGGCCGACGCGCCCGCGGCGUCUUCCUUCCCGCAGGCCUUUGCAUCUUCCUGCACAAUUUCUAGCAACGGCCCCGGCCAGAGGAGAGAGAGCCCAUCUUCUGCAGAACGCCAGUGGGUGGAGAGCAGCCCCAAAGCCACCAUCUCCCUGCUGGGGAGCGGCCGGCCCACAGGAAGUCCCCUCGGUGCUGAGUUCUCUGGCCACGGCAAGGACUCCCCGGUGCUGUCCUGCUUCCCGCCGUCGGAGGUCCAGGCCUCUUUCCACAGCCAUGAGCUGUCCCUGGCAGAACCGCCGGACACUCUGCCCCCCACAAGCAGCCAGGCCUUUCUGGGCUUUGGCCCCACUCCUGUGGGCAGUGGUCUUGCCCCCGAGGAGAACCUGGGGGCCUUGCUGGCCAAUUCCCACGGCGCGUCCCCGGCCCCCGGCGUCCCGCUGACAGCGGCAGGGACUGCCGACAAUGGCUUCCUGUCCCACAACUUUCUCACGGUGGCUCCCGGACAUGGCGGCCACCACAGUACAGGCCUGCAGGGCCAGGGAGUGACAAUGCCCGGUCAGCCGCCCCUCCCUGAGAAGAAGCGGGCCUCCGAAGGGGACCGUUCUCUGGGCUCCGUCUCCCCCUCCUCCAGUGGCUUCUCCAGCCCCCACAGCGGGAGCACCAUCAGCAUCCCCUUCCCAAACGUCCUUCCAGAGUUUUCCAAGGCUUCAGAAACGGCCUCACCUUCGCCAGAUAGUCCGGGUGAUAAACUUGUGAUCGUGAAAUUUGUUCAAGACACUUCCAAGUUCUGGUACAAGGCGGAUAUUUCAAGAGAACAAGCCAUUGCCAUGUUAAAGGACAAGGAGCCGGGAUCAUUCAUCGUUCGGGACAGUCACUCCUUCCGAGGGGCCUACGGACUGGCCAUGAAGGUGGCCACGCCGCCCCCUUCCGUCCUGCAGCUGAACAAGAAAGGUGGAGAUUUGGCCAAUGAACUCGUUCGGCACUUUUUGAUCGAGUGUACCCCGAAGGGAGUGAGGUUGAAAGGGUGCUCGAAUGAACCCUAUUUCGGGAGCCUGACGGCUUUGGUGUGUCAACAUUCCAUCACGCCCUUGGCCUUGCCCUGCAAACUGCUCAUUCCGGAGAGAGAUCCAAUGGAGGAAAUAGCAGAAAAUUCUCCCCAGACUGCAGCCAAUUCUGCAGCUGAGCUUUUGAAGCAGGGAGCAGCCUGCAACGUGUGGUACCUGAACUCCGUGGAGAUGGAGUCCCUCACUGGCCACCAGGCGGUGCAGAAGGCCCUGAGCAUCACCCUGGUCCAGGAGCCACCCCCGGUGUCCACGGUCGUGCACUUCAAGGUGUCAGCCCAGGGGAUCACCCUGACGGACAAUCAGAGGAAGCUUUUCUUCCGGAGGCAUUACCCCGUGAACAGUGUGAUUUUCUGUGCCUUGGACCCACAAGACAGGAAGUGGAUCAAAGAUGGCCCUUCUUCAAAAGUCUUUGGAUUUGUGGCCCGGAAGCAGGGCAGCGCCACAGACAAUGUGUGCCACCUGUUUGCAGAACACGACCCCGAGCAGCCUGCCAGCGCCAUCGUCAACUUCGUGUCAAAGGUCAUGAUCGGCUCCCCAAAGAGGAUCUGAGAGCCCCCCUCGCAGCUCAGACCUGCCAAUGCCUCUUGAGGCUCUGGAGACAGAGUGGGGUGAGGGCGGGGCCCCACUCCAUACAAACUGAUAAUCCUAACAUUCCAGGCCUGGGAGGGAGAGAGGACCUUCCACCUCUACAGAAGCAGGAACAAACAGCCUCACCACGGACUAGCCUUUCCUGAUCCAACACAUCUCUGCAGCCAAAUGCCUUUUGGGUAGGCGAGGCCAGGCAUGGGUGCUCCCACCCAGGGUCCGCAUGGGAAGGGGACAGGCAAAGGAACAGCAGGGAGCAUGCAGAGGUCUCCACAUUCCUGGCACACCAGCAUGUCAGGGGAUGAGGCGUGCCCAGCCCUCGCGGCAGAGGUGCUGAGUGACCGUCUGCUUCCCCAUCUGCCACGCGCUCCUGUCCCGCUGACACCCAAGGCCAAGGUCUCUCUCACCUCGGUCUCCCUGAGACAGAGAUGCUAAUGAAACUGAGAAGGGGGCGCGUGUUUGAGGAAGUUUUGUGCAGGUCCGGCCCUUCUGGAACACAGCUGGGUCCCGAGGGAGGGGACUUUGCGAUGGGCUGUGGGGACGAGGGUGUGGAAGCCUCGUGGCGUCGUGGGAGGAACGUGCCACGGCAGAGGCCCAGCCUCGCACGUGGUGCCUGCUCCGUGCCUCCUGCUCACGCGUGGCCAGCUGGGCCGGGGGAGCUCAUGAGGACCCCGAAAGGAGAAACAAGAAGAGGGAAUCAAAGACGCCAUUUCUAUGUAAUUUAUAUUUUACUUAUGCUGAAUUAUUUAUAACAAUUUGCCGUUGCUAUACUGUACCAGUGUCAGAUGCUGCAGCCUGCCAAGCUGUGAUUUUAGGAAGCUCGUCCCGUGUAGGACGCGCUGCAGGCACGUGGCUGCAGAAACAGGAGGCGUGCGGCGGGCUGCGGGCAGGGCUGUUGAGUCCCCUGGUGUGGUGCCGCCCAUGGGGGCUGUGCCUCGAGCAGCCUACCCUGCGCUUUAUGCACUGCGUGUCGUCCCUGAUUGCGGGUGGCUUCCUUGCUGGGGGGAACGUCCAGGAGGGACGGGAAACGCCUGGGCUUAAUUAAGCUUACAGCCCCUGCCUCGGCUCGUUCUGGGCCAUCUGCAAACCCGACAGGGCACAACCUAAAGCGCCGCUGGCCUGUGCAAGCUCUCGUCAUGCUUCUCCCUGCCACGCCUGGACUUCCCGUGGGGACCUGUGUGACAUGACGUGCGUGAGCAGAGGCAGGAUGAGGAAAGAGAGGAGGAAUCCCAGUGCCGACACGCCGUUUCGGAGUGCCACUGCUCUGCAUCAUCUUGGCCACCGAGUCGAGUGUGUUAUUUCACGCGUAUGUGAACACUCCGAUGGCAUGGUUUCCUGCCCGAAUCUGUCCGUGGUCAGAGGUUCUAGAGAAUCCGGUGACCCUGGAUCCUCCCCAGAGGCAGAGAUGGGGCUGGGCCACGUCGAAUGAAGCCUUGGCCUCCUUCCCUCACAGCCCGGGGAGCCCUGCGGCCACCUGACUGUCCCGACUCUGAGCCACCUGAGGUUCCCGCUCUCCUCUGCUGUCAAGUGUCAAGUCUCAGCUCUUAGGCCACCGGGUAUUACAGGCUCCAGUCACCACGCUGGACUUUGGAAGUGUGCUUUGUGAACUCUCUGUUUUAAAGCGAGGGGGAGAAGGAGACUUAGCAAUGAGCAGAGCUGGGACCAGCCGAAUCACAGUGGCGUUCGUGUAUGUGUGCAUGGGUGCCUGUGUGUGCGUGUGUGUGUGUCUGUGUGCGUGUGUGUCAAGGCAAGUGGACCACUCCACUGUUUAGCUCCUAUUGAUGCACCAAACGUAAGUGCCUCAUUUCUGUGCCAAAUGUUUGCCUUGGUCUUUGCCGACCUCCUUCCCUGACACGCGGUGGCGUGGCUGUUCGAAUGUGCUGGUGUUCCCUGGAGGCCCCGGUGUCUUCCGCAGAGGCUUCUAGCAUUUCCGUUUUUCAUCCACUGCAGGAAUCCAGCUGAGGGGAGCAGAGGCUUGUGUUUCCCCAACCCCAAGACGUGCUUUAUCCCAAGACGGUCUGACCCAAAGAUCGCAGGCCAGGUCUCUUCUCCUCCCGAAGGAGGAUGAGAGGGCUUGUUCAGAAGUCAGAGUGAGAUUGGGGUGCAGUGUUGAGAAACACAACCUGCCAGUGAAUUACAGAGACAUCGGGGCAUCCCACAACCCACAGUGGUCCUCGUGGCGAGUAUUCGAGAAGCCACGAAAAUUUCCUUUCUGAACUGACUGACCAGGUGUGAUUUUUACUCAAGGUGAAAGCGGUCAAGGGCAUCAGGGAAUUUGUCCCGAGCAGAUAGCUCCCUCUGAGGAACCAAAGGAAGCGAGUGUCCAUGGUUUCUGAAGAGCUGGUACGACAGGUUUCUUUCUUCUUUGUAUGUUACGUGUGCUUUAAACAGAACAAAACGAGUCCGCGUCCUCACAAACUGUACAUGGGCUCAGAAACCGUGAGCGGGCACCACCGCCGGCGCCGGCUCAGGGACACGGAGAAGGAAUGUUUCCCAGGCAUUUGCCUCUGGGGCUCCCAUGGGGCAGGCGCAUGCUGUCGGGAGUCAAUGCGGUAAGUUCACGGUAGCUGAGCCCGACACGUAGUAUAGCCAGGGUCCUACUAAUCCACCCAGUAAGCGUAUUGUUGUAUUCCUCCAGUGUUAAGCUAUAACCAUGUUAAAAGUCACACUGCAUUUAUCCUCAGCAUCAAAGACCUUGUAAUGUCUUAUCUGCCUUACCUUUUAAUGCAUAUUUUUACUUUUCUGAUAUUGUAAAGGAUAUAUCCAGUAUGUAAAUGAAUGUUCUAUAAAUCCUUUGUAUAGUCAUUUUCUCUGCUCUUUAAAUAUCAUCUCUAUUCAGAGUAUAAUAAAAUUAUGAACUUGGUAA